UUGAUAGAAAACUGUAAAUUGUAUAACAUAAAUUAAGAAUAGUUUGAGACACUUAGGAUAGGACGACACAGGGCGACUCGAGCAAAACGAGUUGGAGGCGUAUGAUUCAAAACGGAGGAUACAAAAAGUUUGGCCACUCUAAAUGCGUAUUUAUUCGUGCCGGCAGACCCUGAUUUGCUUAAUUUAAUUUAAUUUCAUUUAUUAAACAAUUGCAAUCAUCAUGUCGGAGCAAUGGGAAGUAGUAACCAAGUCGCGUAAACAAAAAAACCUGGAUAAAAAGGUAGUAGCCCACACAGAGAAGAAGCGGCUUGCAGCCCAAUUGCCCAAACUGGAGGAACUGUUGCCAACUCAUCGAGCGCAGUUAUUCAGCUCUAGCAACAAUAAUAACUACAAGUCCUCUUCACCGGCUAAAUCCAGUUCUAGUGGCUCAUCGUCGUCGAAAACUAAAUCACCGGUAAAGAAAAACACUGCAAAAAAUGCGGGCACUGCAGGUGCAGCUGGCGCUAAAAAGCCCACGUCGACAAAGCCAAAAACUCUGGAGCAGGCUCUUAAGAACAUCACACCGGAUGAUUUUUCUGCUCAAGUGGAGCAGGUCAAACUCAGUUGUCCCGAUUCCGAGCUUCGUUGGUUAAGUCAUAUUACACUAUUCUUCAAUGGAGCCCUGUCCUACGAGUGCGAUCCCAUAUUCUCCGGCCGAUCGACUCAAUAUCCCAGUAACCUGGCCAGUCCUUCCCUCAAGUUUCUGAUUGUGGAGUUCCUUGGCAGUGUGGGGGAAACAAAUCUCGCAUACUUCUACCAUUCUUUGAUGGACAGUAUGGCUACGGAACUGAACAACAAUCAGACAGUGAUUGGGUACAAACUGCUGUUACAAUUGAUUGGCCAAAACUGGCCUGAAAUUUGUUCCAAGUACCUGGCUAAGACAGCACUUUUGCGGAACUCCUACCAAAAUCGUAGCAACAUUUGCCUAAGCAUCUUGUGGGCUGUUGGACAGGGCGGUUAUCAGUCGUUGAAUGAGGGUGUGCGUGUUUGGCAAAACCUUAUGCUGCCUAAUCUGGAACUGAAGCAGUAUUCCAAGUUCGUUGUUGAAUACAUCGAGAAAGUACUGAAGGAGUCGUCGGCAAGAAAAAAGGAGGAACCGUUGCUGUUAAAUCAGCAAGAAUUCUUCGCCGCCUAUAACGCACUGAACGCCACGUACAUUAAUCUGCCCAAGGAGCAACAACAAAGUCUGAAACGCAGUGCUAGUGGAUUGCUGCAAAGUUAUAUCAAUAGCCCCGUAAAGCAUGCCAAUAUUUUUCUGACAUUAUUCCGCGAUAUAAGCGCUACCUCUAAGCAUAACAACGAGAUUGAAGGCUGUAUUAGCUGUCUGCUAAGUAGUGGGAGGGACGACUGCCUCCGAGUGUGGCGGAUGAACUACAAAAAGCAACAGGUGCCGAGUCUUUUGCUUUUAAAAGCUAUAAAUGACAAUUGGUCCGGUUCCACCAAGGAAUUAGCAUCAUCUUCAGCUUACCACUCAUUCCUACAAGACUUGCACAACCUGAACGAAGAAUUGGAGGGCAGCAAACGAAAAGACAGCAGUUUAGACAGCCUGAAAGAAAUACUGGAGAGCGUCCAGGAGAAGAGCAGUGCUCAACAGAAGAAGAACAAACAGAAUGCGGCGGCACAGAAAAAGAAGUGCGGAUGCUGCAAAUGGACGCUGGGCAGCCUCUUUAUCGUGGCCUUGAUCGCCGGUGCUCUGUACUACGACACGGAGACCAACGGCAAGGGCGUAUUCGAGAAAUCGGCCACCGGCAAGGUGCUGAAGAACGCUGGAGUUCUGCCUCAUGUGGAAAAAACUUGGUACACGGUCAUGGGUGCUGGUGCUCGUGGCUACAAGUGGGCGGAGGUGAAUGUGCCGCCGUAUGCCGAGCCCGUGGUCAAGACCAGCGUCGAUCUGUGGAAGCUAUCGCGGAAUGCCGCCUGCAAUAUCUUCCAGAACGGCAAGGGAUACUUCAGUGCCAAGUGGCCCGUGGUGGCCAAGUUUGUUGACCAAUACGUGCCGAAUCUGUCUGGAAAGAUUGAAGCCUUCGCUGCGGGUGUGAGUGAUUUCGCUGUCAGCAGCUACGAUAAGUCUGCCACGCUCAUCAAGGAAAAGGUGCUAGUUGGCCGCUUCUCGCCCGAAAACAUCAACCAAGCCCUGAACCAGACUCGCGUCGCCGCCCUUGAGUACUUGAAUCUGUUUCACAAAAAAGUCGAUACUUACGCUAAGCUCAAAUGAUUCUAAGCGUCAGGUACGCUUAAUUCUCUAUCUAUCUAUGGUAACAACAACAACAUCAUCAGCAGCUGCAGCAAUGCAAAGAAAACAAAAAACGCGUCAUAGUAAAUAGUGAAAGAGCUCUUAAUUAUUCACAAUUAGUAAAAAAAACAAAAUCGAACUUUCAGUCAAAAAACUAAGUAAAAAAACCAGUCAAAACUCAAAAAGCCAUUCACAUUCAUUAACUCUGAUUCUCGUCUGAUUUGUGUAAGGAAAGCAAUACGAGCAAAUUCCUGUGGAUGCCGAUAAUAGUGUACACUAACAAUCUAGUAAAUUCAAACUUAUAUUAGUUAAAAAGCCCCAAACAAAAAAUAUGUAUGUUGUACAAAACAUGUUAAAAUGUUUUUCUCCCAGAUGAGAAAACCUAACUUUUAAAUUUGUAUACAACGGCUUUAAAAAAUUGUUUAAAAAGUUCUACAACUUUCCAAAAUGUCAUUAUUGUAUUUAUUUGCGUUUUUGUUUGUGUGGAGGCGCGCGCGUGUUAACUGAUUUAAUGUUAACCAAAUCAUAACAUUUCCAAUUGCAUUUUGAAAGCGAACGACCGAUUCAAGCACGAUUAUACUUUUUUUUUAUUCAUAGGUUUCUGAAUGAUGUGAAUGCAUUUCUCCGCAAUAUUUUCAAAACAAGAGCGUUUUAGUCGAUUCUUGGUUCCAUAAGCAAGACUUUAUUUUCAAGUUUUAAAUCUCAUUUGUAUAUGUAAAGGAUUACACGAUUUGCAUAAAUUAAAUAAAGUUGAAAGAAGUGAAGUAAACGAAAA